GCGGUGAUUGAAGGGAGAGCGGAGCGGCGCUGCUGACGACGGCCAUCUUAGACCCACCGUAGUAACCGACACUCACCUCCUGGAUUUUUUUUUUUUAUUUUUCUUAUCAACGAAACAUUCAGCCUGACUGACGGAGGGAGGGAAGACGAAGAAGAAUAAGAAGAAGGCUGUGUUGUAUUUCGGUUAAAGUCGAAGUCGGGAUGCGGUUCCGAGGGAAUACACAAUUUGCAUCCGCAGUCGGAGUGGUCCUCGGACUAUUAUGUGCGGUGGAAGCAGCUAAAGUCAAUAAGCACAAACCAUGGAUCGAGACAACAUACCACGGGAUUGUAACGGAAAACGAUGACAAAGUACUCCUGGACCCCCCUCUUAUUGCACUGGACAAGGAUGCUCCUCUACGCUAUGCAGAGAGUUUUGAGGUGACCCUCACUGAAGAAGGUGAGAUUUGCGGCUUCAGGAUCCACGGGCAGAAUGUCCCCUUUGAAGCAGUGGUCCUGGACAAGUCCACUGGCGAGGGGGUCAUCCGAGCCAAAGACAAGCUGGACUGUGAGCUGCAGAAGGAGCACACUUUCACCAUCCAGGCCUACGACUGUGGAGAGGGUCCAGAUGGAGCCAACAUGAAGAAAUCCCACAAGGCCACUGUCCACAUCCAGGUGAACGAUAUCAACGAGUACUCGCCAGUGUUCAAGGAGAAGUCCUACAAAGCCACCGUUAUUGAAGGAAAGAAGUAUGACAGCAUCUUGAAGGUGGAAGCCGUGGACGCCGACUGCUCGUUCCAGUUCAGCCAAAUCUGCAACUAUGAAAUCGUCACCCCCGAUGUGCCCUUCACCGUCGACAAAGACGGUUUUAUCAAAAACACUGAAAAGCUCAGCUACGGCAAAGAGCACAUGUACAAGCUGACCGUGACCGCCUACGACUGUGGAAAGAACCGAGCUUCUGAGGAUGUUCUGGUCAAGAUCAGCGUCAAGCCCACCUGCAAACCCAGCUGGCAAGGCUUCAACAAGAGGAUUGAAUACGAGCCUGGCACUGGCAGCCUGGCCCUGUUUCCCAGCAUGCACCUGGAGACCUGUGAUGAACCGAUCACUUCCAUCCGGGCCAGUAUUGAACUGGAAACCAACCAUAUCGGGAAGGGCUGUGACCGAGACACCUACUCUGAGAAGUCCCUGCACAAGCUCUGUGGAGCCAGCUCCGGCACAGUGGAGCUUCUGCCGGCACCCAGCAGCUCAGCCAACUGGACAGUCGGACUCCCCACUGAUAACGGACACGACAGCGACCAGGUGUUUGAGUUUAAUGGCACGCAGGCCAUCAAAGUCCCCGACGGCAUGGUGAGCACCAGCCUGAAGGAGCCCUUCACCAUCUCUGUGUGGAUGAGACACGGACCUGGGGCUCACGAGAAGGAAACCAUCCUCUGCAACUCUGAUAAGACCGACAUGAACAGACAUCACUACUCGCUGUACGUCCAUAACUGCCGACUGAUCCUCCUGCUCCGUCAAGAUCCAUCAGAGGCCGAGAACUACAAACCUGCAGAGUUCCACUGGAAACUCGACCAGGUGUGUGACAAAGAAUGGCAUCACUACGUGCUGAAUGUGGAGUUCCCCACUGUGUCUCUAUUUGUGGAUGGGACUACCUUCGAGCCAUUUCUGGUUACAGAGGAUUACCCACUGCACGCCUCCAAGAUUGAAACUCAGCUCACCAUUGGAGCAUGCUGGCAAGACAACUCAGGACAUGACAAUGAGACUGAGACAGUCUCUGAGCCCACCUCAGGUGGAAACGCUCGGAUGGCCCAGUUUUUCCGCGGCAACCUGGCGGGGCUGAUGAUCCGUUCUGGCAAGCUGGAGAACAAGAAGGUGAUCGACUGUUUAUACACCUGCAAAGAAGGCCUGGAUGUGCAGCUGCCUGAGGAGGUAGCUUCAGCUGUCAAGGUGGAGUUCAACCCUAACCAGUCCUCUCUGACUGUGGAGGGCGAUGACAUUGAUGCCUUUGACAAGGUCAUGCAGCACAUCUCCUACUUGAACUCCCGCCAGUUCCCAACUCCCGGCAUCAGGCAUCUUCGCAUUUCCACCACCGUCAAGUGCUUCAACGAGGAGGCCUGCGUAUCAGUGCCCGACGCUGAGGGUUACGUGAUGGUUCUUCAGCCCGAAGAGCCCAAGAUCAGCCUGAGCGGCAUCGAUCACUUCGCCCGCAGCGCCGCCGAGUUCGAGAGUCAGGAGGGCGUGACACUGUUCCCAGAGCUGCGAAUCGUGAGCACCAUCACCCGGGAAGUGGAAUCCGACACCGACUCCGAAGCGGCCGAGGGAGCCGAUGACGACCCCACGGUUCAGGAGACUGUAGUGUCAGAGGAGAUCAUGCACAAUCUGGACACGUGUGAAAUUACUGUAGUGGGAGACGAGUUGGACGGAGAGCAUGAGAGUCUGGAGGUGGACAUGUCUCAACUGCAACAGCGUGGCCUGGAGAUGAGCUCAUCCAACCUCGGCCUCGUCAUCACCGGUGUGAAUACCAUGGCCAACUAUGAGCAGGUCCUGCACCUCAUCCAUUACAAGAACUGGCACACGGAGGCUCUGUUUGACAGGAAGUUCAAACUGGUCUGCUCUGAACUCAACGGCCGCUACAUCAGCAAUGACUUCAAGGUCGAGGUGAAUGUUAUCCACACAGCCAGUCCAGUGGAUCAUGCUAACAACGCCAUGGUGCAGCCCAACUUCAUCAACCCCAUCCAUCACGCCUCUGUAGAUCUGUCUGGCCACAACCUGGUUAAUGCGCAUCAGGCCUCAGUCGUCCCCAGUGCCGCCACCAUCGUUAUCGUGGUGUGUGUCAGCUUCCUGGUGUUCAUGAUCAUCCUGGGCGUGUUCAGGAUCCGGGCUGCACACCAACGCACCAUGAGAGACCAGGAGAACGGCAAGGAGAACGAGAUGGACUGGGAUGACUCCGCUCUGACAAUCACUGUCAACCCCAUGGAGACGUACGAGGACCAGCACAGCAGCGAGGAGGAGGAGGAAGAGGAGGAGGAGAGCGAGGACGGAGAGGAGGAAGAUGACAUCACGAGCGCUGAGUCAGAGAGCAGCGAAGACGAGGAGGGCGGGGAAGUGGAGGACCAGCAGGGGGCGAGCAGACAGCAGCAGCUGGAGUGGGACGACUCCACCCUCACCUACUGAAACCACGGCGACGACACACACACACCGACACACGCUCCUUACACAAACACACACCUCACAUCCUCAUACGCACCGCCACACACACUCUCUUACAGUUUCAUGUCUAAGGAGCCAUGAUGUAAAAAAAUAUAUAUAUACAAAAAAAAACAAAAAAUUCCCUUCAGCGUAUAUAUAUGGUCAAGAUUUUCCUGUUGUUCUCUUAGUGGUGGUACUCAGUGUAGUGUAGUCAUCACCGGAUUGCUGAUUUUUACUGUUUAUUUUUUUAUUUAUUAUAUUUUAAUUCCCAGGAAAACUUGGCCUACAUUUGUUUUUGAACUGUGUGAGGAAGCCAACCCUGCACUUUUUUAAUUUUAUUAAUUUUUUUUUUGGUUUUCUUUCGUUUUCUCUCAGACGUACGGCUUUCAGAGAAUGACUUCCCCUCCCCUCUAAUGUAUAUUCUUUGCUUAACGUUUUUAGAUUUGUUUGCAGCUAAAAACCACAUAGCUUCGACUUGAGUUGUAGUCCACAGUGAAACAAGCUUUUACAAAGUAGCCCUGCAUUUUUUUUUUUUUCUCUUCCUUUCUUUUAGUGCAUGAGGAUAUUUGAGACGUCAUGUGUAGAGAAAUAAAUUGCUUUUUAAAGAUUUUGUAAAUAUAAAGAAACAAUGUAAUUAGUUGAUGUGUUAGUGAAGGCCUUCUCCAUCGGGUCCAAUAUCUAAAAUGACGCAGUACGUUAUGUAGAAUAUUUGUGUCACAGAGGCUGUAGCAUGUCGCUAAAUUUCUGCAAAGCUGUCCCAUCAUGCUUGUACAAACAUGUCUGCUUCAUGAUGAGAAACCCAGGACUGUUUAGCGGAGGUUUCCAUGACAAAGUGGUGUCCAUUUUGUCUUUUAUUUUCUUUUUUUUUUUUUUUUUGCAAAGAGGAAAAUUAUUUCUUUAGCUUUUUGCACAGGCAGAACUGGUCGAUGGUUUCAGCUUCAAAAAGACGCUUUGCUUUGCUUGCACAGGUGGCGCCGGCGUGUAUUCCAUUCCCGAUAGAUCUCACUGUUGUACAGACGGGAUUUUUAUUUUUUUUUUAUUUUUCUUUCGUUCAGAGUAAUCAUGCUCAGUGAAAUGCUAACGUACAAAUCGACAUUUCCAUCAGAGCGGUGCUAACACCAGGUAAGGUACUGGGGUGCUGUUGGAUUGUGGGUACGAACAUUUCUACAAAGUGUAUUCGGUCACGUCGAGAGAUUUCCUCAGCAGCUUUAAUAAGAAGCCUUUGGUCCGUAUUCGGUUCCUGAUGCGUUUGCAGGAAAAACGAAGGGAAUUAAGAACCUUCGAGUGUCUGACAGCGCAGAUUUGACAGACUAGCUUUAGAGGAGCCUGGUUGAAAAGUGCAGUUGCUGGCAUUGUUUUUCGGGGAGGAAAGGUAAAGAAUUUCAGGAUUGCUUCGUUGCAAAUUUAUUUUUUCCACAGCUAGGCUAUUUAACCUGAAAUAACACAGAGCAGAUGCAUCUUAACUGGUUUCCUGUUGAAGAAUAAGCACCUUUUUACCCUUUAAACUUGGAUAGGGUUGCAUAGACUUAAACAGGAAAACACUUGAUUAAAACAAAUCUCCCUCUUGAAUCUUAAAAUUAAAUAUUUUUUGCAGUAGACCACUAGAGUUUAUUGUAUAUGAAACUGUACUGUAGAGUUGUUUUUUGAAGAUAUGUGUUUACAUUUGGUAAACUGAUUUUCCUUCUGGUGUUAGUACGAAGUUUUUCAAUCGAUUCGGGGGGAAGACAGUGUCUGACCUCGAUCUCCUCUCAGACACUAUUGUUCAUUACUGUUGUAUAUAUCUUUCACAAAACCAGGAACAAAUGUACGUUCACGCUUUAAGACUCAGUGUUUGUCUUAUGUUUUCAAGUAAAAGUUCCCAAACCUGCACCGAUUUGGGACUUCGCAGUGAGGAGAAUGCAGCAAUAUCAGGAUAAAUAAACAAACUGAAAUAAGAACCGACUUAGGUUUCGUCCCAAGCGACAGCUCCCGAUUUUAGGAUUCAAGUAGCUCAGAUGUUUUGGGUUUUUUAAGUUAAUUUCUGGUUUUAUCGGUCUGUGUUGGAAGUGUUGGUGAACAGUCUCCCCUCCAUGAUGACUUGGACUUUGUUAAAUAAUGGGGACCAGGUCUGAGCCGGCUGAGAUGGGAGUGCCUUUUGCCGAUCAUAGCGCUAUUAGCAGAUUUAACG